AUGUUUGCUGGCGAUGGUGGUUCGGAUGAGGAAAUUGAGGAGGCCGUUCUGCAUGAUGAGCCUAACGCUUUCUACAAUUCUGAUAAUGAAGAAGUUGGAGCAAAAGAUCUGGCUUCAGAGGCUAGAUUUGAGGAUCCUGACUCUGAGGAUGAUGAUUCUCUAAAUGUUGAUUCUGUUGACCUUAAUUCCGGUGAUGUUGAUGCAGAGAUGGACGAGUAA